AUGUCUGCGGUAAUGAACAUUCCCGGCCAUAGAGCAGUUGAGACUUUAGUGGCCAAACUUCGAAGAAGACAGGUUGUAGGAUCUCGAGAAGCAGCCCUCGAAACUGCCAUAGUACUCCGCCAAGUCGUGUCAAAGGCGCGCUUCACCAAUAUCCAACAACUGAUCACGAUCAUUCGUGAAGUCGGGAGGAGGUUAGCGGAAGCUCAGCCCAAAGAACAUUCUGUCGGAAACACUGUCCGCCGAGUCUUGCAUAAUGUCCGCGAAGAAUACAACUCCGCCACAAAGGGCUCUGCGGCGUCCCGCAAUGUCUACUCCAUCGGCAAGUUUGUCCUCCAAGGACAGCCGCGCAAGCAGAGUGGCGGCGCGGCGAAGUCAGACGGCAGGAUAACGCUGAAGGAAAACGACCCCGAUGAUCCGGAUUCUUUCGCGCGAGCGCUGAAGCCCGUGCUCAUGGAGGCGAUCCAAGAUGUGCUUGACGAGCUCGAAACCGUGUACGACAACGUAUCGAAGAACGCAAAAGACCACGUUCACUCUGACGAGAUCAUUUUGACCAUCGGGCACUCCAAGACUGUGGAGGCGUUCCUUAAGUCCGCGGGGCACUACCGCAACUACACGGUGAUCGUUGCCGAGACAGCACCAUCCUACCAAGGACACGAGAUGGCGCGCUCACUAUCCGCCGCCGGCAUCUCAACGUUCCUCGUCCCGGACUCGUCCAUCUUCGCGAUCAUGUCGCGCGUGAACAAGGUCAUCCUCGGCGCGCACGCGAUCCUCGCGAACGGCGGGCUUUUCGCGAUCUCGGGGGCACUGCUCGCGGCGACCGCGGCGCGCGCGCACUCGACGCCGGUCGUCGUCUGCGCGGGACAGUUCAAACUCACCCCGCUCUGGAACCUCUAUCACGAGUACGGCGCGCUCGACUUCGCGGACCCGAGCAGCGUACUCGGCUUCGAGGAGGGCAAGCUCGUCGAGCGUGUCGACGUUGUGAACCCGUACUAUGACUACGUUGGCCCCGAGCUCGUCGACGUCUUUAUCACAAACGACGGGGAUCACCCACCGUCGUCGGUGUACCGACUGAUCAAGGAGACCUACGAUGACGACGACCACGAGCUCUAAACCUCACGAGCUCAGUCCCCGUCACCCCCGCCACUCGCACUCCGCGCUUCACACCCACCCCUGCGGCCCGCUCAUCCAUCUCCUCUCCAUAUCGAUCCUGACGCCCCUCUACACAAUACGCGCCACCUGCACACGCGUAAGUCGCCUCCCACCUCCUCGGGGCUCAGGUACUCGACCACACGCGAGGCUGUGCCCUGAGAGCGUCCGUCGAGCCGUGGGACACUGGCCUCGGGACAAGCGAGGGCACGAGGGGUGGGAAGCGGGGACGCGUGCUCGCACUGCCGAACAGGCGCAGCCCGAGACACGCGGGGGAGGCUUCGCCGGGGGCUCCGCGCGCGGGCGGAGGGCGUGCUGGGUACGCGGUUCGGCGACCUCGGGGGAUGGGGCAGCGUGCGCGGUGGUCUGAGCGUGUGGGGGGUGGACGAGCGGUCGUCGCGGGUGGGGUGGGGCGUUAGAGUGGAUGGGGAGUGUAUCGGUAUUGUUAGACUUAGACUACGGCCGGGGGUGUGUCGUGUACGCUCAGCGCAGCGAAAGCAGUCGUAAUACAUGUACUUCUAC